CUGAAGAAUGUCAUAGUGAAGCCAAAAUAUUCGCACAAAAACCUAGAAUCAGGCAUCAGCCCCACCAAGAUGUUACCUCCAGCGUCGACCUGCUGUCACUCAACCCACCUCUGGCCAAUCAGAGCAGGCUAAACUCCGCCGGACUCCGCCCCCCUUCCGUCCCUCCGGAGUAUGAGCGCAGAGGAGGAGUGUGAGCCGGACUUCUUCUCCCUCUUUCUGCUGCUGUCUCUGUCUGAGUCCAUCUGUACCCCUGUCCUUCUGCUCUCCUCUGACCGCGCAGAGCUGCAGGAAUCAGGCCGGCUCUACAAUGGAGAGAGGGCGACUGUUGGCCGUGGCUGUGCUGCUGUGCUGCUGCUCCUGCAGCCUGCGUGGGGCUACAGCCAUCCAGAGGUCUGAUAUGUUUCCAUAUGGCACUUUAAGUGGAGAUUUAAUAUUGGCAGAAGGCGACGAUGAGACCUCCAGAGUGCUGUCCCUGCCCAAACCCCUGUACUUCUACGACUCCUCCUUCACCCAGCUCUAUGUGGCCACUAAUGGCAUCAUAUCAGCCCAGGACCUGCCCAUGGAAAAGCAGUACGUGGAUGAUGGAUUCCCCACAGACUUCCCUGUGGUCGCGCCGUUCCUCGCUGACAUCGACACCAGCGGAGGACGGGGACAGAUUUACUACCGGGUGACGGAAACCCCCAGUGUGCUCAACAGGGUGGCCCAGGAAAUCCAUCGGGGAUUCCCAGAUGCACGGUUCACACCCACUCACGCUGUGGUGGCAACGUGGGAGAACGUGGCAGCGUAUGAAGAGCAAAGUCGGACCACCGGACCUACAAACAAGGUCAAUACGUUCCAGGCUGUAAUUGGCUACGACGAGACUGAUUCCUACGUUCUCUUCCUCUACCCUGAAGGAGGCUUGAACUUUUUUGGGACCCGACCAAAGGAGUCUUACAAUGUUGAGAUAGAGCUUCCUGCAAGAGUUGGCUUCAGUAGAGGAGAGGUCACAUAUCUGAUCUUUUCCCGAACUGAGGGUCCUCACUACAGUGUGACGAGUGAUGAGCAGAGUGUUAAAAACCUUUACCAGGUUGGGAAUACUGGAAUUCCAGGUGUUUGGCUUUUCCACACUGGAAACCGUUACUCUUUUGACAACAUCGUUCCUGCAUCCAUCGGAGGGGUUCUUGCUACUCCCCCUUCUCGAAGGCAUGACAUUUCCCUGGACACCACCACCCCAGAGUACGCUGAGUUCGAGGAGUAUCCUGAUAAUACCUUCAACCCAGAGAGCCAGGAUGAAGACGACGAUUACCCCCUGACAGGAGGAGACCCUGAGUUUCAGCCAGCGCCUGUAGGGGAUAACCACCCAGAGUCCCUCCAACCAGAAAGACCUGAAGCCCCCUCCUCUCCAACAGAGGAUUCUAGACGCCAAGAUGUACCGCUGACCUCCGAACCGAGCCACGGUUCACAGCCAACAGAGAGACAUUACGCUCCCCCACAUUCUCCUGAGACAGUGAAUGCACCGGAGAGGGUUGAGCAGCAGAACCAGGAACAGCAACCACAGGUUCCUUUGGAGGUGGUGGACAUUUACCCUCCCCACAGAAACAAGCUGCCUCUUUCCCCCGGAGGUCACGUUGUCAGCGUGGACGAGGAUGACGUUGACUUUGACACAGGAGUGAUUCAGUACACUACAGAGAAUAAGGAAACAUGUUCCAGAUUCCAGCAGCAGUGCUCCCAGAAUGCAUUCUGCUCUGAUUACGCUACAGGUUUCUGCUGUCAUUGUCAGCCUGGUUUCUAUGGAAACGGACGCCACUGUCUCCCUGAUGGUGUACCGCAGCGUGUCAGUGGUAAAGUGAGUGGUACAGUGACUGUGGGUUCGACUCCGAUCCAGCUGAAUGAGAUCGACCUCCACGCGUACAUCGUCGUUGGUGAUGGACGAGCGUACACUGCCAUCAGUAAGGUACCUGAGCCAGUGGGUUGGGCUCUGAUGCCGGUCACACCAAUAGGAGAGCUGUUUGGUUGGCUUUUCGCUCUGGAGCUACCCAACAGCCAAGCAGGAUUCAAAGUCACAGGGGCGGAGUUCACUCGUCAUGCAGAGGUCGUCUUCUACCCGGGUAAUGAACGCCUGACAAUCAUCCAGACAGGACGUGGUCUUGAUGACAACAACCACUUCACGUUGGAUACUGUCGUCAACGGCAACGUGCCCUUCAUCCCCCCUGGAGCAGAAGUUACCAUGGAUCCAUUCAAGCAGACCUACCAGUACUACCCAUCUGUCGCCACAUCCACCUCUGUGCGGGAGUUUUCCGUUGUUUCGGCAGAGCGAGGCUCAGAGUCCUACUCCUUCCAGCUGAAGCAAAACAUCACCUUCCGUGACUGUCGACAUGACAACCGUGCCACUCUGGAGACGCUGCAGAUUACCAUGGAGAGGGUGUUCAUGAUGUACGUCAAAGAGGAGCGGAUCCUGAGAUACGCCAUCACCAACAAGAUCAGCCCAGUCGGAGUGGAGCCAACAGGUCCAGAGUUGGUGAACCCCUGUUAUUCUGGGACUCAUGACUGCGACACCACAGCCCAGUGCAUCCCACUGGAGGGAGAGUUGUUCCAGUGCCAGUGUGCGACAGGUUAUAGAGGAGACGGACGCAACUGUUACGACAUAGAUGAGUGUGCGGAGGGUGUGAGUUCCUGUGGUGCACAUGCUCAGUGCAUGAACCUGCCGGGAAGUCACCGUUGCCAGUGCCAGAGUGGAUACGAGUUUGGUUAUGAUGGACGCACAUGUGUGGAUGUAGAUGAAUGCAGCACCUCACCUUGUCAUAUCAACGCCAGAUGUAUUAAUGGUCUGGGCUCCUUCCAGUGUCAGUGCCAGCCUGGGUUUUAUGGUGACGGAUUCUCCUGUUUACAACAGAACGGACAAACAGGUCUUCCCAAGAGCCAGUGUGAGCAGCACAGAGACAGUCUGCAAAGCGGAUCAGACCACGAUGGACGGCCGAACAUCGGAGCAUUUAUUCCCCAGUGUGACUCUGAUGGACGAUACCGACCACUGCAGUGUCAUGGUUCCACUGGACAUUGUUGGUGUGUGGACAGUACGGGACAGGAGAGACCGGGAACCAGGACACCACCUGGUACACCUCCUGCUGAAUGUGACAGACCAGAUGAGCGUCCUAAAACUCACUGUCAGCACCACAGAGACAGUGUCCAGACCACCAGUCCAGAGGGGUAUCCUAUUGUCGGAGCUUAUGUUCCUCAGUGUGAUGAUAAUGGACAGUACACACCACUGCAGUGUCAUGGCUCUACUGGACAGUGCUGGUGUGUGGACAGCACAGGUCAAGAAAGAGAAGGAACCAGGAAUUCACCUGGUUCACCACCUGCAGACUGUGAUAGACCAGAGCGUCCUAAAACUCCCUGUGAGCACCACAGAGACAGCGUCCAGACCACCAGUCCAGAGGGGUAUCCUAUAGUAGGAGCGUUUGUACCUCAGUGUGAUGGAAACGGACAGUACGCUCCACUCCAGUGCCAUGGUUCCUCUGGACAUUGUUGGUGUGUGGACAGCACAGGACAGGAGAGACCAGGAACCAGAACCCCACCUGGUACACCACCUACAGACUGUGACAGACCAGGUUCACAGGUUCGUCCUAAAACUCACUGUGAGCUGCACAGAGACAGUGUCCAGACCACCAGUCCAGAGGGGUAUCCCAUACCAGGGGCCUUCGUCCCUCAGUGUGAUGCAAAUGGAGAAUACACACCUCAGCAAUGCCACAGCUCCAUUGGACAUUGUUGGUGUGUGGACAGGACUGGACAGGAAAGACCAGGAACCAGAACUCCACCUGGGACACCCCCUAAAGAAUGUAGUCAACCAGAUGAACCCAUUCGUCCUAAAACUCACUGUGAGCACCACAGAGACAGCGUCCAGACCACCAGUCCAGAGGGGUAUCCUGUCGUUGGAGCGUUUGUACCUGAGUGUGAUGAAAAUGGACAGUACAGGUCACUGCAGUGCCAUGGCUCCACUGGACAUUGCUGGUGUGUUGACAAUGUGGGACAGGAGAGACCAGGAACCAGGACCCCACCUGGUACACCACGUAAAGACUGUGACAGAUCAGAUGAACCAGAGCGUCCUAAAACUCACUGUGAGCAUCACAGAGACAGCGUCCAGACCACCAGUCCAGAGGGGUAUCCCAUACCAGGAGCCUUUGUCCCUCAGUGUGACGCAAACGGACAGUACUCACCUCAACAGUGUCACAGCUCCACUGGACAUUGUUGGUGUGUGGACACCACUGGACAGGAGAGACCAGGAACCAGAACCCCACCUGGGACACCACGUCAAGACUGCAACAGACCAGAUGAACCCGUUCGUCCUAAAACUCACUGUGAGCAUCACAGAGACAGUGUCCAGACCACCAGUCCAGAGGGGUAUCCUAUAUUUGGAGUCUUCGUACCUGAGUGUGAUGAAAACGGACAGUACACACCUCAACAGUGCGGUGAUGGAUAUUGUUGGUGUGUGGACAGCACAGGACAGGAGAGACCAGGGACCAGAACCCCACCUGGUACACCACGUGUAGACUGUGACAGACCAGAUGAACCCGUUCGUCCUAAAACUCACUGUGAGCACCACAGAGACAGCGUCCAGGCCACCAGUCCAGAGGGGUAUCCGGUAGUCGGGGCUUAUGUUCCUCAGUGCGACGAAAACGGACAGUACACACCACUGCAGUGCCAUGGUUCCAGUGGACACUGCUGGUGUGUGGACAGCACAGGACAGGAGAGACCAGGAACCAGAACCUCACCUGGUACACCUCCUACAGACUGUGACAGACCAGAUGAACCAGAGCGUCCUAAAACUCACUGUGAACAACACAGAGACAGGGUCCAACCCUCUGCUCCAGGACAGUACCCCAUAACAAUAAUUGGAGCGUAUGUCCCUCAGUGUGAUGACAAUGGACAGUACAUCCCUCGACAGUGUCAUGGCUCCACUGGACAUUGUUGGUGUGUGGACCAUGCAGGACAGGAGAGACCAGGAACCAGGACACUACCUGGGACACCAGCCAAAGACUGUGAUAGACCAGAUGAACCCGUUCGUCCUAAAACUCACUGUGAACAUCACAGAGACGGCGUCCAGACCACCAGUCCAGAGGGGUACCCUUUACUGGGAGUCUUCGUACCUCAGUGUGACGAAAACGGACAGUACACACCUCAACAGUGUCACGACUCGACUGGAUAUUGUUGGUGUGUGGACGGCACCGGACAGGAGAGACCAGGAACCAGGACUCCACAUGGAACACCACGGGUAGACUGUGACAGACCAGUGCCAGUGGUUCCGACUCAGCGUCCUGAGAGUGUGUGCGAGCGCUGGAGGGCCAGUUUGAUCGAACACUACGGCGGGAAACCGGAACCGCAACAAUACGUGCCUCAGUGUGAGCACGACGGACAGUUCAGUCCUGUACAGUGUUACGGCGAGACCACUUACUGCUGGUGUGUGGACCAGGAUGGCCGCGAAGUCCCUGGUACCCGGUCACAUGACGUUGUUAAACCUGCAUGCCUUCCCUCAGUGGCCCCGCCCACUGUGCGCCCACUGCCCCGCCCAGACGUCACUCCUCCCACUACCAUGGACGUCACACUGCUGUACGCUCAGGGCCAAAAAAUCGGAGCGCUGCCUCUGAACGGGACCAGAGUCGAUGCAAACCGAGCCAAAACACUACUGACUCUACAUGGUUCUAUCGUUGUCGGUAUCGCCUAUGACUGCAAAGACAACCACGUUUACUGGACCGAUUUGUCUGCAAGAACAAUCAACAGAGCUUCGAUGUCACCUGGAGCUGAGCCUGAGAUCCUCAUCAGCACAAACCUGGUCAGUCCAGAGGGUUUGGCUGUGGAUGUCAAACGCAGGGCGAUGUUCUGGGUGGACUCAAACACAGAUCUGAUUGAAACGGCAAACCUGGACGGCAGUGGGAGGCGGACGCUGUUUGACACUGACCUGGUCAACCCCCGUGCCAUCAUAGUGGUCUCAUCCACAGGGACUCUGUACUGGACAGACUGGAACCGAGAAUCUCCAAAGAUUGAGUGCUCGAAUGUAGACGGUCAGAACCGCCGGGUGGUGGUGUCUGAUGGGAUCGGUUUACCCAACGCGCUAACCUAUGAUUACUCAACUGGACUGAUCUGCUGGGCCGACGCAGGUACAAAGCGUUUAGAGUGUAUAUCUCCAGAUGGUUCAGGUCGAAAAGUGAUCCAUCCGAGCCUCAGCUACCCAUUCAGCAUGAUCUACUACAGACACCACUUUUAUUACACUGACUGGAGGAGGGACGGGGUGAUCGCAGUGAGCAAAGAGAGCAGUAGGUUCACCGACGAAUACCUGCCUGACCAGCGCUCUCACCUGUACGGCAUUGCCAUAGCAACCACCCAGUGUUUAUCAGGGAUUCACUAACAGCAGACCGCCAACCACACGGUCCUUUUGGUGCUAAUGUUCUGUGGCCAUUCUCAAGCGGAGGGCGGAUCCACCCCACACGGCGCCCUACGCAGCGAAACCCCAGAAGAAAGGACGCUUUUGAAGAAGCGAGACGGCUUCCUGUCUUCCACGGCAGAUUUCCAACCCCUCCUCACCGACCCCGAUGUCUCACCUUAAAGAUAUAACCCCCAAAUAAUGUUUUGUAAAUUUGUUUUAUACCUCAAUUUUAGUUUUUUUUUUCUACUGUAUUUUUGUAUGUGAGUUGUUUUAGUUUUUUAAUAUCAGUUAAAGCUACAGGAAAUGAAAUCGAUGUUAAAACGUUAAACUGUACAAGUGUAUUUUUCUGUCCUUUUGAAGCCAGAGAGCUGUAAAACACAGAUGUGUUUGAGCCAAAGCCUGAAAUGAACCAAAGAAAUAGCUUUUUUUUAAACCAGAUGACCAGAGUGACUACAUUUUAUUUUUAUUAUCACAGUAUUUCACAAGCUAUUUAGUCUCUAAGGACAAAGAAACAGGUUAUGCACAUAAAAAUAACGUCACUGAUGUAACUUAAAAACCCUGCAUAUUCAGAAACAGAGGCCUUUACAUUACGUACCAUUACUGGUUAUACCCUACCUGAAAAUGUGGUAAAAUGUGAUUUACUUACACAGAAACAUGUUCUUUCUGCCUAUAAAGUAAAAGGGAAACAUCGCUAUUGUUACGAGGUUUAUGUGAUGAAUCGUGUCAUAUUUUGCGCCUCAGUCCUGUGUGCCAGAAUAAGAAGAAACCCGUUCUCCUGUGCCAUUUCUCUGCACUACUAAUCUGUAUUUCACACAAUUUGAGAUGACAUUACAUUGCCAAAUACUAUUUUCUACAACUACAGUACGUUUUUUCAAAUCUUUAACUUUUUAUAAGAUGUGAUAUUUAUAACAAUAAAAUGUGAUUUGGUAAAUGACA